UCAAACCAGCUGUUUCCAGGAAUUGAAACUGAAACCUACUCCCUGUCCCAGCCUUGACAAGCAGGACUCAGAUAUAGCAACUGCAAAAAAACAAGGUCUGCACAGAUACAAGAGGCAGAAAGGCAGUAAAUCCACUCACUCGGUCAGCCAGCUCCUACUCCUUCAUGACAGUGUCUUAGAAGAACUCCAGACCUCUGCAACUCAUCUCUGAACAGCCUGGGUCUGCAUUCCAGUUCUAGAUCGCUCCAUAGAGAACUGCUGGAGGACAGCAAGGUUCUUCUGGAAGGCAGCUAACAUCUGGACCCCACAUAAUCCCUCCUCUGGAGCUGGGUUUGAGGACUAUUAAGUGAGAUAAGGCAUUCAGUGGACCCAACACAGACUCACAGACACAGGACCUUCUUGCUGUGUGGUUAAAGUGGAAGAGUGGAGGAAGAACCCGAGGAACGGCUUCCUCGGAGACCCCAAUAAAACCAGAGAGCCUCACCAAGAGAGCUGAGAGUUGUGCAGAGAACAUCACACGGAUCUUGUCAUGAAACCAUCACACAAGUCCUGGGAGGCUGAGCCACUACUCCCCAACAUGGCAGAGACCUCUUACGAACCACUGAAUUCGUCCUUCGCCUUUGCCACGUCAUAUCAAACAGCGGGUGGUAUUUUACCCGAAGUCAGCAGGACCAUUGAAAGGGCCUUGAAAGAAGGGAAAAUGCUGGAUGUGGUGUAUGGGGUCAAGGAGACUGUGGCAGCAUUGUCCCAAACUCCAGUGAACAUCACUGUGACUGGGGACUCGGGCAACGGCAUGUCAUCUUUCAUCAAUGCGCUCCGAAUCAUUGGCCAUGAGGAAGAUGCCUCGGCUCCCACUGGGGUGGUGAGGACCACACAGACACGGGCAAAAUAAGCUUCGUCCCAGUUUCCCAAUGUGGUACUGUGGGACCUGCCUGGCUUGGGGGCCACAGCCCAAACCGUGGAUAACUAUGGGGAAGAGAUGAAAUUCAACAUGUAUGAUUUGUUCAUCAUCAUUGCCUCUGAACAGUUCAGCUUGAAUCAUGUAAAUCUUGCCAAAGUCAUCCAGAGGAUGGGGAAGAGAUUCUAUAUUGUCUGGACCAAGCUGGACAGGGACCUCAGUACAUGUGUCCUUUCAGAGGUCCGGCUCCUACAGAAUAUACGGGAGAAUAUCCAGGAGAAUCUCCAAAAGGAGGGGGUGAACAUACCCCCCAUAUUCUUGGUAUCCAAUCUAGACCCUUUACUACAUGACUUUCCAAAGCUUAGGGACAUGCUGCACAAAGACCUCUCCAACAUCAGGUGCUGUGUGCCCUUAAACACUCUUUCUGGCACCUGUGAGAAGAUCAUUGAUGAAAAAGUGGCUUUCUUGAAGGAGAGAGUAGGCAAUGGAGGUUCGGAGCAUUCUGUUUGCAUCAGGGAUGAUGAUGACAUGGAAGAGUGUGUGAAAACGUACCGACUAAAAUUUGGUAUAGAUGAUCAAUCACUUCAGCAGGUAGCCCAGAGCAUGGGGACGGUAGUGCAAGAGUACAAGGCCAACCUGAAGUCCCAAAACAUGCACACUCUCCGAAGAGGGGACUGGAGACUGAGACUGAUGACUUGUAUUUUGGUGAGCGUGUUCUUUAGCAUUCUUAAAUAUCUCCCAUGCUUACGCUGCUGUGUCGCCUGGUUCAGACGCAAAAAACACAGACGCGUGCUUCAAUUAGUUGCCCAGGACACCAAGAUCAUCCUGAAGAAAAUCGGGAAAGAUUCCAUCAGCCCUCCUCUAACCUAGUGUAGGGGGUGGCCUGGCACCCUUCUCACAUGGAAGCCAGACUGCCUUGGGUCUCUCCUGGAUCCCUGUUUAUCCUCUAGAAAUCAAGAGAUAUAACAACACUCUCUAUAAGGGUUUUAGAUCCUUUGAGAGGAGUUUAAAAUCACUCAUUUCCCUUGCCUCAAAUCUAAUUCAUUGUUCCACUGAGGGACAAGGAAAAAUUGUUAAAAAAUCAUGGACUACGAUUCUUAGAUUUGGAAUACAGAAAUUUUGUUUUCAGUUGUUAAGUGUGAUGUAUAUCUAAAUCAAUUUUCCUCUAACAUAGUAAAGUCAGUUCCUCUUCA